AUGGCUCCAAUAUCUGCUUUAGAGAUUAAACAGGUUGCGUUCAGGAUUAAAGGAGACAGUGCACUGGGUGUAGGUUGGUGGACUGGCAUUUUCUUUAAGCGAUACUGGAAUAUCAUUUGUCAGGAUAUAGUAGCAGAAGUGUUAAGUUUCUUCACUAAUGGUUCAUUGCCUCAAGAUUGGAACCACACGCAGAUUUGCGUUAUUCCCAAGAAAAUAAAUGCUAAUGCUAUGUCUGAUAUGCGGGUGGUUCAUGCUUUGCGUACUAAUGCUAAAUUCAAUGAGGAUAUGGUGGCCAUCAAGACUGAUAUGUCUAAAGCUCAUGGCUUCAUCAUACCAGGUCGUGUGAUUAGACAAGGUGAUCCUCUAUCCCCAUUUAUCUUUAUUCUAUGUGUGGAGGCUCUGAAUUUACUGUUUACAGAUGAUAGCCUUUUCAUCUUUAGGGCUAAAAAGGAGGAGUGUGAGGAAGUGCUGAAUUGUCUAAGAUUGUAUGGGAGGGCAUCUGGCCAGGUGAUUAAUUUUAAGUCAACAAUCACUUUUGGGAGUAAGGCUUCAAAUGAGAAAAAAGAGCUCGUCAAGAGUAUUUUGGGUAUAACUGAAGAAGGGGGUAUUGGCUCGUAUUUGGGCUUACCAGAAUGCUUUAGUGGAUCUAAACAAGCUUUGUUAGCUUUCAUUGGAGAUAAGCUAAAAGGUAGAUUUCAUGGUUGGUUUGCUAAAUCACUUCCGUUAGGAGGUAAGGAAGUGCUACUUAAAUCCAUUUCAAUGGACUUACCAGUAUAUGUUAUGUCGUGUUUUCGGUUAAGUAAGAAUCUUUGUAAAAAACUUACUAGUGCAAUGAUGGAGUUCUGGUGGAGUAAUUGUGAAGGGCAGAGAAAGAUUGCAUGGGUGGCAUGGAAAAAGCUAUGUACAGCCAAAAGUGAAGGGGAUUUAGGAUUCAAGGAUUUAAAUGACCUCAAUCAGGCAUUUCUCGCCAAACACUCAUGGCACAUGCUUAAUAACUCGGAGUCUCUUGUGGUAAGAUUCUAUAAAAGCAGAUACUUUCAGAAAAAGUCGAUUUUGGACUGUGGGGUUGGUUCUCGUCCGUCUUAUGCGUGGCGUAGCAUUUUACAUGGACUGAAAAAAGGAUUACAUAAAGUGAUUGGUGAUGGACGCAAGACCUUGGUUUGGCAAGAGAAGUGGUUACAGGAGAAACACCCCGUGCUCCAUACCGUUUUAACAUUUUUUGAUGUCAACUUUAAGGUAGCUAAUUUGAGAGAUCCGGUGAGUGGUCAUUGGGAUGUCUCCAAAGUUAAUGAACUAUUUCCCCCAUUUGAUUCAGCACAGAUCUUAGCAAUGAAGAUAAUGGAGGGGCGAGAUGACCGUUUUAUAUGGCCUUACAAUAAGGCUGGAGCGUAUACAGUUAAAAGUGGGUAUUGGUUGUUAAGAACCUUACCAACUAUAUAUGAGAAGCAAUCGGAGGAGGUGAUAAGAUCCAACAAGAUCAAAGCAAAGAUUUGGGGGUUAAAGACGGUCCCCAAAAUUAAAAUGUUCCUGUGGAAAAUGUUAUCUGGAGCCUUAGCAGUGGCAGACAGAUUGGCCUCGAGAGGGAUCGCAAUAGACUUGCGAUGA